CCUAAUUCUCAUCUUCCAUAAAAGCAUACUCGUUUAAAUUGCGAAUCUCAAAGUAUCCAGCGAACGAAGGGUCCAGCAACAAACGGAAAAAAGCAACAAGAAAUAUUUUCACCUUCUCUCUCUUUCUCUCUCUCUCUCUCUCUCUCUCUCUCUUCCAACCGAACUCGAAUUCGCCAGCUCACUUGACAUAAAUUUCUCCGGCACUUGGCGAGCCACAGCAGCAGCAGGUGGAGGGGCGUCGUCGUCGUCGGUCGUCGUCGUCGGCAGAGAACACGAUAUACACACCACAGCAGUAGAGUCUACCUAUAGAGAGCCGUACACACAGAGAGACCGGGAGCGGGAGCGGCGGUGGCGGCGCAAGUUUACAGGGAAAGGGAAGUCGAAGGAGAAGGAGAAGAAAGCAGCAACACCUGGAUGACUUCCUGCAGGCGGUGCGGCUCCGGCAGCGAGUUCAGUCUUCGAGGACGACAGUCACGAUACGCUUCGCGCGCACGCACACGCGCACGCGCGCUUCGCAUUUUAUUCUUCGAGUUCUCGCAUAUUAUACAGACCCUACAGUUUUUGUGCUUCAAAAAAAAAAACGAUCGUUCUCGUAACAUAUAGACACUGACUUUUGGCGGGAAGCAUGAGGUUCGAUCGGCGCGAGAAAUAGCGCACGGACGACAGGUGCAUCGUCAGCCUUCACAUCAGCCAGAGAGUACGAGAACGAGUUCUGCGUUGCAUACGACUCGCAGUGUGUCCUUUGGAUUGUGCGCGUGCGAGGAGACGGAACACAUAGUUGGAACAUGGAGCUGAGAUUACUGCUGCUACUGCUGCUGCAAGCUGUCCUAGCCGCGCAAGCCUCCAGCGAAGGCGUCUGCGGCUACCCGGGCGCACCGGCACACAGCAGCGUUCGCUUCAGCGGACCCACGAUCGAGGACGUCAUCGACGAGGAGGAUGGCCCCUUGUCACCGAGAUCGAACUUGGCCGUUGGUACCGUGGCCACCUACGCUUGCGAGCGUGGCUUCGAGCUUCUGGGACCGGCUAGACGUCAGUGCCAAGAGGACGGAACCUGGUCCCCCGAGGGUGUGCCCUUCUGCGUUCUCAACGUAGCCGCCGGAAAAGCGCCGAUGCAGUCCAGCCGAGCCGACAGCGGCAUCCUCCAGUUGGCCGUCGACGGAAGCAGCGCCCAGAGUUACUCACCCCAGACUUGUACCCUCACGACCCCCGAGAGCAGACCCUGGUGGUACGUGAACCUGCUGGAGCCUUACAUGGUGCAACUCGUCAGACUGGACUUUGGAAAGUCCUGCUGCGGUGACGGCCUACCAGGCACGAUAGUCGUCCGCGUCGGCAACAACCGCCCGGACCUGGGUACCAACCCGAUCUGCAACAGGUUCACGGGUCCGCUGGAAGAAGGCCAGCCCCUCUUCCUGCCUUGCAACCCACCGAUGCCCGGUGCCUUCGUCUCGGUUCACCUCGAGGCUUCCGGACCGAGCCCGACGCCUGUGCAGCUCUCCCUGUGCGAGGCGUUCGUCUAUACCGAUCAGGCGCUGCCGAUCGAGCGCUGCCCCCAGUUCCGCGACCAGCCACCGGGCUCGACCGCGACCUACAACGGCAAGUGCUACAUCUUCUACAACAGGCAGCCCAAGAACUUCCGGGAAGCUCUGGCCUUCUGCAGAGCUCGCGGAGGUAGUCUGGUCGACGAGAGCAACCCUGCGCUGCAGGGCUUCAUCUCCUGGGAGCUGUGGAGGCGUCACAGGAGCGACACCUCCAGCCAGUACUGGAUGGGAGCCGUGAGGGAUCCCAAGGACAGGACCGUGUGGAGAUGGACCGGUAGCGGGGAGGAGAUUUCCGUGUCCUUCUGGAGCCUGCCCCAGGGCACGGAGGAGGACUGCGCGAGGUACGACGGCAACCGCGGAUGGUUGUGGUCCGAUACGCCCUGCUCCGUUCUGCUCAACUACAUCUGCCAGCAUCAACCACGUGCUUGCGGACGUCCCGAGCAGCCGCCCAAUUCGACGAUGACCGUCACGUUGCCCAGUGCCACGGAUAAGGAACCGGCGGUACGCAACUACCAGGUCGGUACCAGUGUCGAGUACACCUGCGACACUGGAAGUCUCCUGAUUGGACCCUCCAGUCGUACCUGCCUCGACACCGGAUUCUACAACGAGUUUCCGCCCGUCUGCAAAAGUAUCGAGUGCGGAUACCCCGCGAACAUCAAGCACGGAGGAUACACCCUGAUCAACAACACGGUCAACUACCUCAGCCAGGUCCUCUACACUUGCGAGGAGGGCUUCGAGAUGACCGGACGAGCGAGGCUUACCUGCGACAUCGACGAGCGCUGGAACGGUCCACCGCCUCGGUGCGAACCGAUCAGAUGCGACCCUCCGGCCACGGUCGCUCACAGCCAGAUCCAGAUCGACGAGAUCGACAUCGAGGACGUGACGACGCAGAAGCUCGCCAAGAACGAGACCAACCGGAGCCUCUUCGUCGGCAGCAUAGUCACCUACACCUGCGACAAGGGAUACCGGCUCACCGGAAACAGACAGCUGCUCUGUCUGCCGAGCGGGUCUUACGACAGGACGCCACCCACCUGUACCGAGGAGCCUCAGACCGCUCCAGCCCCGAUCCCGAAGGCCACGGUUCGACCAACCAAUAACCGCGGACGUCCCUUCCUGCCAACCCGAGUUCGCGUCCCGAGCUCCACACCAGCCGCCACGACGAGCAGCACAAGCCCAGCGAGCUCGACGACGACGACUCGCACGAGCACUUCGACCCAGAGGAGACACGAGCAACCGGCCAGCGUACAGGAGACGAUCCAGAAGAGGCCGAGCAUCGGACUCCAGAGACCGGCGAGCACCACGACCGAGAGGACUCCGCUGGUCCACAAGAACGUCGACGCCAGCGACCACCCACAGGACAACGAGAUAUCCGGCAGCGGAGUCGACAACGCCCACGCCGAGAUAGCCGGCGUUCCCGAGCCGAACGGCCCCUACAGGAUCAACCGAGCCGAUCAACCGGGCGCCCACCAAGCCAAGCUCAACCUCGGCGCCGUCAUCGCCCUCGGCGUCUUCGGCGGAUUCGUCUUCCUCGCGGCAGUCAUCACCACCGUCGUCAUUCUCAUUAGAAGAAACCGAAGCCGAGGAGGAAAGCACUACCGGCAUCGAGCCUCGCCCGACUGCAACACCGUCGCGAGCUUCGACAGCGGAUCAUCGGGUAGUCGAGGCGGUCUGAACCGCUACUAUCGUCAAGCCUGGGAGAACCUUCACGAGUCGGCUACCGGUCAGAAAAUCGGUUCCUCCAGCGCCGGCUCGAACCACGCGCCCUUGAGACGCAAGGAGACACUCGACGAGCCCGGCUACCGGGACAACUACCGCAACGGCAGCGCCAACAUGGAACGGGACGGCUCCGAGCUCGUCGUCAGCGACGUCGCCGCUUACGCCAGCAAGAGCAACGGAUCGGCCAAUCCCGAUAAGAAGAGACACCAUCAUCACCAUCAUCACCAUCACUCGUCGUCCUAUCAGUCCCAGUCGCAUCACAGAUACUGAGGUACUCUUGUACGCCGCUAUCUGACGCGCGUAUAAUCUUUGGAACUUGUUUUUCUUUUUUUUUUCGUUUCUAAUACGAGCGACGAGCCUUGGAAGUACAGCUCUCGUGCAUAUUAUUGCGUGUAAAUAUACUCACCCUACAAUUCUUCCCCACCUAUCUCCACGCUUUCUCCGCCACUUAGAACAAUUUCUGUUAUUUCAUCUCUCGCGUUAUGAAAAAUACAUACAUUAUACCCUUUCUCUUUAAUCUCGUAUAAAACUGCGCACACGCAUACUCGUGCGUGUUGCAGCGACAAUAUAGAUCUAUUAUUACACGCUGGACGCGACUGGUCGAUCGACAUGCCAAAAAGCACAGAGUAAUAAUAUAUAAUACAUAGAAGAGAGAGUUUUCAUAUAUGAUUCAUAAUACCUCUAUAUACAAAUAAUAAUAAUAUAUAUAUAUAUAUAUACAUACGCACUCUAUAUACGUGUACAUGAAAAAAAUACGAUUCAAAUGACCAGCUUGAACGCUAUAGGGCGUGCAAAGAAUUUAACGAGAAAUACGUUGCGUUUAUAGUAUGUGGUGAAUUAUACGGUGAAUUAUCUUAUCCGAGAUCCGUAUAUAAUAGAUGAUCGGAAUAACCUAUCGUCGAGUGUGUUAUAAUCGCAAUACCGAUUAUUACAUAAUACACGAGUUGAUCCGCUCGAUUUCGCUCUUGUCGGCCAUAUGUAUAUUAUUAUAUACAUACAUGGCCGCGACGAGUCAAGGAUUCGGGAUAAGAUAAGGCAGCUCCUUAUAUUAUACUGUGUAUCAAUGAAAAUCAUGUAUAUUAUUUUCGCGGCAACCCUUUCAAAAACCAAAAAUAUAGUCAUAUAUAUACUUUUCAAUGAAAGCGUUGUUUGCUAUCAACGCGAGGAAUCGUCGUCCUUUACAUAAUAUAUUAUAAAUAUAUUUUAAAGUGUUAAUUGUAUUUAUAGUCUUUUAAUUGUUAUGUAUUUGUUACACACCGAUAUGUAUAUGUUGACAAUUAUGCUGAUCCGUCUCUCCCCAUCAUCAACUUCUUGAAUUUUUAUCUCAAUAAUAACCUGAUCCUUCAUCAUUAUUGCUAGAUUUUAAGACUCUUAUGGCAUAUUCUGUUAAUGCGACAGCGUCGACUGCAAGUAUAUCGUAUAAAAUAUAAUAAUACAACGAUUAUAUUUGCGAAGAGUAUAUAUGUAGAAAAUUGUGUGAAAAUCCUGCGAUGGCUACUUUGGCCUUCCCUUGUGCAAACUAUAACAAAAUAGUUUUGAAAAAUGUUAUCCAACUUUGAGUAUACAUCAGGAAUCGUGUACUCCACACAUGUGUCAAGGAAAGGCCGACGUUAUCCAUUCAAAAGACAAAAUUACCUAGUGUAAGAGAAGCUAAUAUAUAUAUAUUUUUAAUGAUUUCGUGCUAAGUCUACAAUUAUUAUUAUUAAUCAAUUCAUUGAAAUUACAUCAUCGACUCUCGUGUCAUUAAAUUCGUCGAAUAUGUGUGUCGCGCAAAUAUACUGUUAGGACGAUAAGUCUUCAUUAUAUAGAUAUUUCGAUAUACUAUAUAUCUACACAUUGUAUUUUGUAAAAAGAGACCUUCUCAAAUUGUAUAUGGUAGUGCCAUUAUGGGCAGUUCACUUUUAUUAAUUUUGUUAGGUCGAUGACGAGCAUUCACUCUUGCUCCGCAUAUACAUAUGUACUUACUCACUCAGAUGUAAGGUAUAGGUAUUUAAGUAAAUAAAUAAGAUAAUAUAAUGGUUA